AUGGAUUCAGACGAUGAAGAUUCCACGACUCCCAUCUCGUAUUACGGAAUGCAUGAGUCAAGAAAACGUCUUGAAGAGACUGGUUUUCAUCCGAGUGUCACACCAAUGGCGCCCAAGGAGAUUGAGAAAGCAGUAAUAGCAUACUUGAACGGCCAAGUCAAACGAGAACCGCGUAAAGAGUUUUACGAGUCUCAAAGACUGCGUCUUGGCGCAAGAAACUUGAGAAAAAACUUCAACAAGACUCGCGGCAAGGGUGGUGACAAAGGCCGUGACAAAGGUCGUGGCAAAGGUCGCGAUAAAGGCCGAAUCGUUCUCACUCAGGGCCCUUGGUUUAACACUCAAAACUUCACAAAUGCCAUUGUGGGCAAGGACUCAAUCACACACUUAUCUGGUAUCCUAGCUGUACUACAGCAUGCUCAUGCAGGACCCUUGAUCUUAGAUGAGAUCUUCAAGGAUGGCCACAAGUCCGUGAUGAGUCUAUCCAUGACUUCUGGUAGAAUUUUUGGGCUGGUAGGCUCCAAUAUAAAACGGUGGGACUUCACUGCAGCAAAUUAUAUUGCCAACCCCCCCUCAUCUGUCAUGGUCGUCAUGGUUCCUCGGUAUACCGUAGGAGACAUCCGAGAAGCUCAAGAAAAGUACCCUCUCAUGAUCCGCCCUGAAGAUUGGCACGAUGAGCGUCGAAGACUGGAACCCGAGGAUCAUCCCGAUAUGUACAAGAUUCGUUCGAUUGAGGUGGAACAUGUCUAUUUCAGAUGGGGAAACGUCUGGCGAGAAACAUGCCAGCGAGCAGCUGGACCUUACUGGGCGUCAGAAGACGAGGUGAUUGACCCGCGAACCGACGAGGCAGCAAUCGAGUGGUGGAAAGGAAACCACCGCGCCAUCAAUGUAAUGGGCUCGCUAAAACCACUCGACAAGAUGUGGUCGGCUAAUCAGCUUGAGGGGAAUGGUUACAAGCCACAUAUGAUGGCUUACACUUUGGCUGUGGAGAAUCUCAUCAAAUUGAUGCAGGAACUCUUCAAUGCUCGAGCGCAUAUCCGAGUAUUGCAUUUGCACGAUGUGCCAUUCCUUGAUCGCCGGGUGCUCGCCAUCAUUCUCCGAGGGCUAAACCUUGUUACCAUGGUGGGCAUUUAUAAUUGUCCUCUUAUUCAUUUCGGCGAUGUGAUCCCAAUCCUAGACCUCAUUCAUGAGAUAAACAUUCAACGGCGCGGCCAAAAUAUGCCUGAGAUUCAGGACUUCGAUUUCUUCCCUCACUUUAACAAAGGGAUGCCAUAUCAGCAUGAGAAUGCGGCCACGUAUGGCUUGUCCUGGAGCCCUAUGCCAAUGGACAUAGCCCAGCGAGGUUUCUACGCCAUUAUCCUGAAGGCUGUGAUGAAAUCAAAGGCAAUGGGUAUCGGUCAGCUUUUUUCACCCACCCAUGCGUUCAUGGAGUAUUUGACCAAGGUACCAAACACUCCACUGGGUGUUUACGGCUUCCUAGAUGCCAUCUAUCGAUAUCUAGAGGUGAAGAAAGACGACCCUACUCGCACCAAUCUGAAAUUACAGGCAAUCUAUGACCUUGUUAAACCCAUCCGGCUGGCCUUGAAUGACCACUUGGCGGACGACUGGCCAAAAUAUUAUACGAAAGUCAUGGCAACAACGCUUUUGUGCUGCUCCUCGUGUGGAUACGAGACUUUUGAAGAGUUUUUCCCUGCCGGUUCGAAGAAUCGGUUGCCACGACACCGACGAAUUUGCGGAGGAUGCCACUUGCAGCGAUAUCUUGACGAAGAAUGCGACCACUGGAAGAUGCAGAAGAAACGGCUGAUAGACAAGUUGUGCCCCGACUGGAAACGAGAGGCCUUCAAUGAGGACGCACCGCUCUUUGAAGAUGGAGCUGGACUGAUUCGUCUUAAGUCCACGGAAACAGAGCGUCCAUUGCCCCAGUUCCCAGCUUUCGUUGUCGGUGGCUGGCUCCGGAUCUCUCCCUACUACGAGCCAUUGAUGCGAGACAAUAAGAUCCACUUUGACUCGUUGGCUGGCUUGCCCAGCCUUGAAGAUGUCGCCAUGGACUUGGACACCAUGCAGCGGUGGUAUUCAGUGGUUAUUCUAGCUCUUAGAGAAGAUGUCUUUCGACGUGGCAUUCACGAGCUUCGGAACCAAUACCCCACAGACAACAAGAAAAAGGGUAUUCCCGCAUAUGGCUCUACGCGAAUAGAUGGUGGAGCGCCAGAUCAUCAAGAUGAGCUCCAGCCGAAGAAAGGCUAUGACGGAAAGAAGUGCUUUUAUGACCAAAAAGCGGCUUUGAAGGCGGCUCAGUGGAUGACCAACCGGCAGUGGUGA